GCGCGACGCGUGCCACUUCGCGAAUCUCGAUUGAGGCGGGUUGCCUUGGUACCAUCUCCGCACCAUUUUUCCAGCCUCAGCAAUUGACCGGAUGGUUAUGUUCUUUUUCUGUUUCCUCUUCUUGCCUUUGCAUUUGGUCUCUUAUUUUGCGUAGAAUUAUCUUUGGUUCCAGGGCCGGGAAAGGCACUGGGGCCCUUGGAGCAGCACCUGGCAUGCCAUUGCCAGUGACCAAACCCAAAAUUCCCGAAUACCCCAGACCAGUCUCGCCCAUCUGCGCCGAUGAGAUACCCGUUUGUGACAAUACAAUAAUAUAUUACGAUGGAAAUAAAGACGUUGAAGAGGAUCCCGAGCACAGAGCUGCGAAAAGACGUCGGAUCGAGACUUACGCUGCAGCUUACCGCCGGGGAGAGUCGUUAUUUAUCGCUACGGCCCAGCUGAAGGGUCCUUUCGACAAGGGCUGGAAGAAUCCAUGGGCACAAAAGAGGAGACUCGGAACGAGAACCACAACCGCUGCAAAGCGGUCCACGAGGUCCAGCAAUCGGACGACAACGGCAGUCAAUGAGACUGCUGGUGCUCGUAAAGCUGCGGUGCGGAAUGAGGGACCAUCUUGUGCCCCUCCGAGGAAGAGUCUACCACCAUCACCGCAGAUAGACGCGGAUGAAGCUGUGCGGCCAGAGUCCUCGAAAGGGAAUGCCCUGGCGUUGAAGCGAGAGCCCUUUUCUGCAACUAAGGGCUCCACCCAUGCGUCCCCAUCUAGGAGAGGCAAGGCUCGAUCGGAAGAAAACAUCAAGCCAGAGGUGGAACAUUGGCUCAAGAGGAACGAUUCUUAUAUGCAAGCUGACGACGCCGCCCAAGUAUCAUUUUCCUCUCCAUUGACGAAGAAGAGCCCACACCCACACCGGAGAACGAAGAAGUGGGAAUCUUCACCGAUGCAGGCUCCGCCCCUGCUUGAUCCGUUGGUAGGCAUAGUGGUGAAAAGCCUUCGUACCGAAGGUCCCAUUGUCUCUGCGGGUUCGCAAGAAAAUGGUCAGCAUUCAGAGGACUUGCGGUCAGGGGUGCCGUCUACUAAGCGACCGGUUACCACCAGAGGUUUAGGGAGCUUCUCAGGGCAAGCUGAAGCUCACCAGGAGGUCGCCAUUCCGGCACAUACAGCUGUGCAUGUUAAUCCACUUCCGGCAGAGGAGACUCACGUACAGUUUGCAAACAUACAUGCAGCACCGAGUGCUGACUUGACUACACCCAAUUCUCCUCGCGGCAGCCGGCUGGCUAACUCGACGCGCGAGCCCCGUCCAAAUACCCUAGGGGCACUCGCCUCUCCACUCGAACCAACUAUAUCUAAUAUCCUCGAUCAACACGGUGGACAACUCACCACAGAGGCGGCUACAGACUCCACGUCGUUACAUGCAGCAGUACUCAAGCCAUCGCCCGUGACGAAGUCAUUCGCUGCUAGCCCCGAAGACAGGGUACAUACCAACAAAACUCACAGCCUUCCGUCUGCGCAAGUUCCGGCUCAGCAGACUCUGCCAUCUGGUCCUUCAGAUCUUUCCAGCAACGGCGAGAUGUCUGAACUACAAACUAUCCAGGCUCUACCGGCUGCGACCGAGGUCCAGUUGACCGACGAAGUUGCCGUUUUCCUGGACGUAAUGUCUGAGCACGACUCUGCCACUCCGAAAGGUGGAGAGCAGCCCAAAAUGCCAACGACUGAUAACACACCGGGCGCGAAGUCGGCUGGUACUACAAUACAAUCCUUCGAGCCAGUCACUGCUCGAAAGCGAGCUGCAAAUUCUGUACGAGGGGAUUCGCAUUCGCCAACGAACAUGAAAAAUUGUGCAGCGACAGCAGCCCGACUGACGAAGACGAAAAGGGCAAAGAAAACGUCUUUUAAUACAACAAGUCAAAGGUCUCCAGCAGGGACAUCGACAUCUCAAGGAUCAAUCACAUCAGCUAUGAAAAUCGCGAAGCCUGCUACUGCACUUCAUCUUAAUCAGAAUGAGGUGAAACUGGAGGGCAAAUACACAUUGGCAGAUUCCGAGUCUGAGUCUGAAUCUAAGUCUUUGGAAGAUGACAAUGACGAUGACACGGGAAAGACAAAGACACCAACACCUUGCGGGGGCUUGGGAAUGGGACCAGGACGCUUUUCAAAAUAUGAAGGAGGGCGAGGGCGGCUGGCUCGUAACCCGGACUCGAACUCGAACUCGGGUCCGAAAAGCAUUCUUAAACCCUCGGGCCCUCUUCCUGCAUCUUCGUCUUUGGGGGUUCGGGCUCGAAUCUCCUCGGUUAAGGGGGGAGAAUCGUCUUCUUCCUCAAAGCACUGGCAAGACGCGCAACCACAGCCAGUAAAGCUUAGGGCUAUGGCUGUGGAGGCUGGAUCUCAGUCCCAGGUAUGUACUGGGAGCGGUGAUGUUGGUGGGUCUGGGUUUGAUCUUGAUGCCGCGAUCGAUGAUUUGGGUAGUUUUCUGGGGACGUGGGAGGCGGAGAAGGAAGCUGCUCAGUUGGGGAAUAUGAAUCAUUCGCAGCGCUCGUUCAUUGCGGGUGAGACGGUAUAGGUAUAGGUCAUGUCCUGAGAGUACUAGUAUACCAGGGGACAAUGACAUUUCAUUUAUGACAACAGGAAACAUUUGGUCCUUUCUUUUGGCCGGAGGAAGGGAGUGUUUGGGGGGUCGGGCUUUUGUUUAGUCAGGCUUUGCCGACUUGUAGAGAGAGCAUCAGCGAGUCUCCUUGCCUUAGCUAGGUAUGGUCAAGGACGAUACCACUGCCACUGCAGUGGCUCUACUGUAGGUAGGUAGUCAUACUAGUAUUGACGGACGAAAUCACCUAGU